AUGAUCCCUAAGCUAGAGAACGCAGCCAAACAUCCCGUAACCCCUUCCUCCUGGAAACCUUCCACAGACGCUUCUGCCAGUCCUACCACCUCAGACUUUACACCUGCUGAGACCCCAACUAAAUCCUCGAGCUCCAACUAUCAAAGCAUUGCGGACAUCGACGCCGCAAGGAUGGAGGAAACAACCGAUAAUACCAGCGCCAAGCAAGAAGGCAACGCCCUAGAGUCUGAAGGCCCAAAGGCCAAGGAAGAUGCAAGCCCGACUAAGCCUGAGGGCCCAUCUACAUCGAAGGAAUCUACUUCUACAAAACUCAAAGCCAAGAGGUCUACUUGCACGAAGCACGCCAAGGAUUCCAAAAAGAAGACCAGGAAGCAUUCCAAGCCUGUAGAGGCCGACAGCAGCAGCGAUAGCGACGAUUCAUCCUCCGAUAGCUCUUGCUCCAGCAGCUCAGACGAUUCCUCGGACUCAUCAUCAGAGGAGGAUGAGGCAGCCAAGAGAAAAAGAAAGAACAAGGCGAAAAAGGCGAAGAAGCUGAAGGCGAAGAAGAGAGCAAAGGCAAAGGCCAAAGCAGAGGACACAGAUUCCGACUCGGAGGUUGAGUCAAGCUCGUCGGAGGAGGAAAAGAAGAAGAGCAAAAAGAAAAAGCAGCUGAAAAAAAAGAAGCGGGCCAAGAAGAGCAAGGAGGUGGAAGAAGAUGAUGACGAAGAGGAGGAUGAUGAUGAAGAUGAAGAUGGAGAUGCUGAAUUUUACAGGCAACAGUUGGCUCAGCUGCAAGCUAUGAGCCUCAAACGACUGGGACGGGGUCGUGUGGGAAGAGGAAGCAUCGGAGAGACCGUGAGCAUCAGUGGCGAAUUAGGGAAGAAAAGUGCUAAGGCAAAGGGAAAGCCGGGGAAAAGGGGCUCCAAAGUUGACUUUGUCCGCGUCGACCGAAUAUGGGAUAGCAAUCGGCACAACUAUGUCCUCAAAGCCACAGCGGAGGAUCCCGAUCUUGGCGAGUAUGACCAGUACGCUUUCCAAGUCCGUCGUAUUUUUGAUUGGGAGAACAAGUACAUCAACACAGUUCUCGACAUCAAGAGUAAGGCGCUCAAAGAGGCCUUGAAAGAUGUCAUGGAUGAAGUCAAGGGUGUAUCAUUCGCGGAGGAGACGCCUGUGAUCGACCCUAACAUGAUCUUUCUCUAUCUUGAAGAGCUCCGGAUUCACAUGAAGAAGCUAAAAAAGAAAAGCAAAAUGGAAUCUAAGAAAGAGAAGAAGAACAAGAAGAAGUUCUCAGCGACGACCAAAACUAAGCAUCUGAAGGUUCUCAUCAAAUACCUUGACAAGGAUUAUGCGGAGAUCAAGAAGACGCUCUACCCCUUGUUGGACAACAAUACCAUCACCUUCGAUCUCUUAUGGGCAUUGUUCAAGAGUAAUGAAAUCGCCUACUGUCCAACGUAUGGCAGUCCAGAUGAGCCUAGGGCCUUCAAGAUUGAGUAUGCUAAUUUGCAUUCUUCCUACGUUAAAGGCAAGUAUUACAACAUUGAAGGACGCUACCUAGAAUACGAUGGCAAGACCUUCGGUAUGGGCUCGAUGGAGAUUGAGGUUGAGGAGUUCAAAGGCCCUCGCAAGAUUUCUAACCUUGCCUGUUACCCACUCAAGUACCACAAAGAUACCGAUACUAUGAAGAAACAGCUGAUAGACCGUGGGAAGAAGUUUGUCAGCCUUAAGGGUAUGCAGUAUAAGUUCCACAAGGGCAUGGCAUUUUUCAAGAAGAAGAGGCAAUACAUCAAAGUCAAUAUCAACGGCAGGAUUAUGGUAGACCCCGCCAUCCACCGAAGGAUCAAUCCCAAUUACCCUAUCUCCACCGUCAAGGCUGGGGACCCUGAUAUCCUCGAUGACUCCGAAGGCGAAGAUAGCGAUGCAGGCAGUUGCACCGAUUGCCAACAGAGCUCCUCGGACGAAGAAGGCACCGGCCAGAGAGCUGGAGAUCAGUUCAGCGAGACAGACCGGCCAGUAAUUAAGUACAAACUGAUCAAAGAUGAGGAUGAGAGAUACACGGUCGUGGAAUUUGAGGUGGAUGCUGACGGCAACGAGAUGCAAAAGGAGGAUAUCGAAGAGAUCCCGGGUCAAGAAGCUACGAUCGAGCGCGAAUUCACAGAGGAGGAAUUCCUCAUCGCGAGCCCUGUCGUUCUUGGCUUCGCUUUCAGCGAAAAGCUGUGGCUCGAGUUCAGUGUGUCGGGUAUCAACGAGAUCGACUGGAACGAGGGUGCCUUCCACUCGCUCAUGCUGCCAGACAACCAGAAGGCCAUUGUCAAGGCUUUGGUCGAAUCGCAUACUUUCGAAGCAAGCCGCAAUAUCGACGAUGUGAUUCAAGGCAAGGGUCGCGGUCUCGUCGCUGUUCUUCACGGUCCUCCUGGCACUGGUAAAACCCUGACCGCAGAAGGCAUUGCUGAGCUGCUAAAACGGCCGCUCUACAUGGUCUCUACGGGAGAGUUAGGUACUAGGCCGGAUCAACUGGAGAUUGAGCUCAACAAGAUCCUUGAUGUCGCUCACUCAUGGGGCGCGGUGCUGUUGCUAGAUGAGGCAGACGUCUUCUUAGAGGCUCGUCAGCCCCAAGACGUGGCCAGGAAUGCACUCGUCAGCAUCUUCCUUCGACUCUUGGAAUACUUCCAAGGCAUCCUCUUCUUGACGACCAACCGCGUCGAAACCUUCGAUCCUGCCUUCCAAUCCCGCAUUCACGUUGCUCUCCGCUAUGGCGAACUUACUACCAAAGCCAAGAACAGUGUCUGGAAAACCUUCCUAGGCAAGGUCAAGGCUAUCGGUGGCGGCGUCGAGGUUGUUGACUUCUCGGCCGAUGAUUAUGACCGGCUUGCCAGGCGCCAGCUUAAUGGUCGACAGAUCAAAAAUGCGGUGCGCACAGCUCAAGCUCUUGCGGUCAACGAGAAAAAACCGCUCGCUAUGGAACACAUCAUCAAGGUGCUCGAUGUUGCGGAGACCUUCGAGAGAGAUUUGAAGGGUGGACCGGGCUAUGUGGAGGCGAUGAGGAGUUAUCAUUGA